AUGCGGCGGUUGUGGGCGGGGCCCGCGGUGACGCUGGCGCUGGCGGCAGCCAAUCAGCGCUUCCGGAAGUGGCGGCGGUGGUCGGGGCGGAGGGAGGGGGUGCCGAGGGGGCUGUGUCGUCGCGGCCCCGGCGGUCGCUCAUGUCGCUGUGCCGGUGCCCGCAGUGAGGUGGUGGAGGCCGAGGCCGUGUCGUACUUGAACCGAGCCAUAGCGGAGCUGCGGAAUAUCUGGGACGAGAUCGGCAUCUCCGAGGAGCAGCGCCUGGAGCGCAUCUGCACCGUCAAUGUGCACAUCAAGAACUUGCUGGACAUGAUGGUGGCGGAGGAGGAGGGCCUGAAGAAGCGUCUCUUGAAGAGCAUCGCCCUCUGCCGGAAUGAGCUUGACACUCUCUGCAAGGAGCUCCAGCUGGACCCCGUUGAGGCAGAGGAAGAAAGUACCAUCCUGCAGAUGGAGAAGAAUCUGCGUGCCCGCGUGGAAGUGAUGUUAAAGCAGAAAAGGGACAGAAAGCAGGAGCUCAAAACCCUGCAAGAACAGGAUCAAGACCUCUGCAGCAUCCUCUGCACAGCCCCAUUCAGCAUCGACAGCAAUGCUGUGCCCAGCCUGGAGGACCUGGAUUGCUACAGGCGCCACGUGGCCUCCCUGACCACCGAAAAGGAGAAACGGCGAGAGGAGUUUGUCAGCAGUAAGCGCCAAAUCAUCCUCCUCAUGGAGGAGCUGGACCACACUCCAGACACGAGCUUUGAGCGGGAGGUGGUGUGUGAGGACGAGGAUGCUUUCUGUCUGUCUGAGGACAACAUUGCUGCCCUCCAGCACCUGCUGCAGCAGCUGGAAGCCCAACGGUCCCUGAACGAAGCCGUGUGUGUGGAGCUGCGCUCCAGGAUCCUCAUGCUCUGGGAGCGGUUGCAGAUCCCUGAGGAGGAGAGAGUGGCCUCGGCAGUGCACAUGGCUGGGUCCAGGGCCAAAACCAUAAAAGCUCUGCAGCUGGAAGCGGACCAGCUGGAGGAGAUGAAGCUGCAGAACAUGAAGUCUGUGGUUCAGGCGAUCCGGGCAGAGCUGGCUGUCUACUGGGACAAAUGCUUCUACAAUCAGGAGCAGAGGGAACGCUUCAGCGCUUAUUACGACGAAGACUAUACAGAGACCCUGCUUGAGCUCCAUGAUGCUGAGGUGCAGAAGAUGAAGAACUACUAUGAAGCACACAAAGAUCUGUUUGGAGCUGUCCAGAAAUGGGAGGAGAACUGGAAGCUGUUCCUGGAGCUGGAGAGGAAAGCAUCUGAUCCCAGUCGCUUUGCCAACCGUGGGGGAAACCUGCUGAAAGAAGAGAAGCAGCGAGCAAAGCUGCAGAAGACACUUUCCAAGCUGCAGGAGGAGCUGCAGAGCAGGGUCCAGGCCUGGGAGCAGGAGCAGGAGGAGCCCUUCCUGAUGAGGGGGCAGCAGUUCAUGGAGUACAUGAUGGAGCAGCAGCAGCUGUACCACCUGGAGAAAGAGAAGGAGAAACAGGAGCGGCAACUGAAGAAGAGCCGGCAGAUGGAGGCAGAGAUGAUGUACGGCAGCACCCCACAGACACCCAUCAAGCGGCGGGUGCUGGGCCCCCACACCCCCAGCAAAAUGCGGAAGCUCAAUGGCAAUUCCACCUCCAGCGUGACACCCAACAGCACCGUGCGCUCGGUUUUCGGGGCAGCCAUCCACCGCUCGCCAAAGUCUAAGCUGCCGCCCUCCGGAGGGAAGGUCGGCUCUGCUCGGACCCCCGGCCGUGCCGCCGCCAGGCCGCCCCGUCCCGGGCACAGGGAGCGGAACAAGGAGAACGUGUCACAGCUGAACGGAACCGCCCUGAGCGGUGGGUGCACCCCCAGAGCCCCCACCCAGCGUAACCAGAGCAUUAAUUCUGUUCCCAGCACCUAUUCUGACUUUGCGCGCGAACUUUCAAAGGCCUCCAGAUCUGAGAGCGGCUCCCACGUCCUCAACUCCACCACCACCACUGCCUUCUGCUGAUGCCUGGCCUGCCACUCCUCCCCGCUGCAGUGAGUCUGCUCGGGCAGAGCCCAGCUCCCCGUGCCCACAGCAUCCUGUGCCGCGGGGCU